UCAGUUGCUAGCAACUUCCACCACUUUUUCUUCGCGUGUACAAAUCAAAUUCAACCUAAUUCAAAAUGAGGGAAAUCGUUCACUUGCAAGCCGGACAGUGCGGAAACCAGAUCGGAGCUAAGUUCUGGGAGGUCAUCUCUGACGAACACGGCGUUGACCCCACCGGAACCUACCACGGAGACUCCGAUCUGCAGCUGGAGAGAAUCAAUGUCUACUACAACGAAGCUACCGGUGGCAAAUACGUGCCUAGAGCAGUCUUGGUAGACUUGGAGCCCGGAACCAUGGACUCAGUCAGAUCCGGACCUUUCGGACAGAUCUUCAGACCCGAUAACUUCGUUUUCGGACAGUCUGGAGCUGGUAACAACUGGGCUAAGGGACACUACACCGAGGGAGCCGAACUUGUCGACUCUGUCUUGGAUGUUGUCCGAAAGGAAGCCGAGGGCUGCGAUUGUCUUCAGGGAUUCCAGCUGACUCACUCUCUGGGAGGUGGUACCGGAUCCGGAAUGGGAACCCUUCUCAUCUCCAAGAUCCGAGAGGAGUACCCCGACAGAAUCAUGAACACCUUUUCCGUCGUACCUUCACCUAAGGUGUCAGACACUGUCGUGGAACCGUACAACGCCACCCUAUCCGUGCACCAGCUGGUUGAGAACACCGAUGAGACCUACUGCAUUGAUAACGAGGCUCUGUACGAUAUCUGCUUCAGAACCCUGAAGUUGACCACUCCCACCUACGGUGAUUUGAACCACCUCGUCUCCGCCACCAUGUCUGGUGUCACCACCUGUCUCAGAUUCCCCGGUCAGUUGAACGCUGACUUGAGAAAAUUGGCAGUCAACAUGGUGCCGUUCCCUCGUCUGCAUUUCUUCAUGCCAGGGUUCGCUCCUUUGACCUCGCGAGGAUCUCAGCAAUACCGAGCUUUGACCGUCCCUGAGCUGACCCAGCAGAUGUUCGAUGCCAAGAACAUGAUGGCCGCUUGUGACCCAAGACACGGACGAUACCUGACUGUCGCAGCCAUGUUCAGAGGACGUAUGUCCAUGAAGGAAGUCGACGAACAGAUGUUGAAUGUGCAGAACAAGAACAGCAGCUACUUCGUCGAAUGGAUCCCGAACAACGUCAAGACCGCCGUCUGUGACAUCCCUCCUAGAGGACUGAAGAUGUCGGCCACCUUCAUCGGAAACAGCACCGCCAUUCAGGAGCUGUUCAAGCGAGUGAGCGAACAGUUCACCGCUAUGUUCCGACGAAAGGCUUUCUUGCAUUGGUACACUGGUGAGGGCAUGGACGAGAUGGAAUUCACUGAGGCCGAGAGCAACAUGAACGACUUGGUCUCUGAGUACCAGCAGUACCAGGAUGCCACCGCCGAGGAGGAGGGCGAGUUCGAGGAGGAAGAGGAAGGCGAGGAGGCCUAAGUCACCUGUUGACAUCGAAGCAACCAAGUAUGCGAUGUUCUCCGAAUCCUUGGAAUAGGAGCGAUAUUCUAUCUUAAGUUGCUCUAUAAACUGUAACCAAGUAUGUUUUGUUCCAAUGAAAGUAAAGUUAUGUGUAAAGCAAUAUUAAAGUGUCACAAUGAUUGGAAUUUUUCGCAAAAUCAGCUUUUAGUGCGUGCAACAAAGAAUUUUUGCAGAUGAAA